AUGCCUUUUACCCAGAGGAAUACGCGGAAGCUUUCUGGUAGCUCUGUGAAGAAUGCAGUGGAUAUCGAGGGAUUAAAAGUUUUGCUCAGUGGUGUUGAGGUGAACUCUGGCACUGUAGUCUACUUUGAAUCACUAAUUAACAAAAUAACAAGAGUUGGAAGUGCAGUGCAAGAUUUGACUUUAAUCCUUAUUGCUGUAAAAUUGGGACAAAAAUUUUGGCGGAGAAAACUGAUUAACGAUAGCUAUUGGAAUACGUUGAUGGAACUAAACUACUCUUCGGAAACAAAAGUUGAUGUUGUGCUGUUAGAGUAUCUACUACGAGAGGGGCUGGCUUUAAAUAACGACACUUCCUGGAAAUUUUUAGCUUUACUCAUAAAUAUAUGCUAUGAGGUACCAAGAUCCAAGCUAGCGAUCACGAGCUUGAUAAGAGAAAACUUUGCGAGUUCAAUAGGAGUGCUGUUUGAUCACUUGAAAGACUUCCAGCAAGCUAACUACCUGAUCGAAUUACUGUCCAAUUGUUUUCCAAGAAACUCUAUUGAGCGUACAGGAGUUGUUUUGCCACCCCUUCUAUGGGAAUCUGAUGAUAAAAAGAUGAACGAAAUAUUUGAAAAUUCGUUGUAUCCUUUCAGGGGAAGACAUGGAGAUUCACAGGUGGUCAAGUUUAUCUGGCAUGUUUUCCAAUCAGCCUUCGAACAGAACACUUUACAAUUAAAGAGUAUUAGCUAUAGCUCAUCUGACAAUAUGAAUGAGAAGAAAAAAUUUCGGACAUUACCUGGAAGUGAAUCAGAUUAUUGUUAUGUGCAGGCUAUAGGUUGUCAGUUAUACCUAUGGGAUGGCCAAGGAAGGUUUUUGGAGAUCAAUCGCAAAUGCUUUGAAGUUGCAAAGACAUCAAAAAAUGUAAUCAGUAUCCAACUUAAGGUACCAUCUUCUGAGUGUAUUAUCCCAAGAGACAAAUCAUGGUUACGUACCUUUAACAAAGCCAAAUGGUUUCAGUUGGAAGCCAUUGAUGCAAUAUCUUGUGACUAUUUUUUUAGCAAUAUCAAAAAUAUGCGCAAGAUAAGUGAGGUAGAAAGUUUUCUUGCUUUACAUCAGGAAGAAGAAUACCCUGAUAAACAGAUACACUCCAAGCAGGAACAAAAUAUCUCGGGUCACGAUUAUUUGGAUUCGUGCUCAUAUUACGUAGCACCACCAGCUUUGCCUGCUCAAUGCUCAUUAAACAGGAAAAGCCAGUUUGCAACACCCGAACACUCUGAUGUCAAAGUCAACACAGAUGAGUGGGAGUUCAAUCAUUCGUCGCAGCCAGAGCAGGAUCUUCCUGGCGCUGCUCACGAGAUGGGUCAAACACCUGAUAAUAUGACACCAAGGAAAUACAAUCAAAACACGGUAGAAAUGGGAAACAACUAUGAAGAUGAGUCACCUUUAGUCCUAGCCCAGAAAAGGAAAAUGAUCAGAGAAGCCACAAAUGUUUUAGAUACACUUAAAAGAGACUUUUUAGCGGACAAGGGCGGCUCCCACGAAUUUCACGUACAUGAACAUGCGACUGCACUUGUUUCAAAAGAAUUCGAGCAAGCAAAAAGGAUCACUGAGCCACGAGAAAAUGAGAAAUCAAGUGAACCACUCACUACGUCAGAUAGAAGACGAGCGAAAAAAACGGUUAAAGUCAAUUCUAUCCGCACUAAGGAUAUUGAUCUCUUGGAUACAAUAUUUGGGACGCAAUCAUCCACUGGGCAACGUAAAAAACCGAAAAAGCAACACAAAUUGAAAAACUACAAACCAGUAGUUGAUAUUCCUUCGCAGGACAUAUCACAUUGCAAAACGAAAUCUCCAAAUAAAAAGGAUAUCAAUUCCGCUGAGAAAACGAAGGUGAUGAAUGCUGAGAAAGCAAAUUCUUGCGAUAUCAACGAGACAAAGAAAGUAGAUAGCGUUCUAAAUGGCGAUGGAUUAUCUGUAAAAUCUAGCGUUUUAAACAAUAGUAAACGAUUAUUGAGUGAGGGGAACGAAAAGGAGAACAGAGGCGAUAAGAGACAAAAAAAGGACGACGAAAGUGCCCCUAUAGAAACUAAAGACAAGCUACUUGUAUCGCCAUUAGAGACACCAUCCGAUUCGCCCAUUGACAGGUCACUUAAUAUUUGUAAUGAAAAUGGUAAUUGUUCAGAAUCCACGGCUGUUUCUGGACGUUCUUUCCACAAUCCACAAUUUGUUAUGCACGGUGAUAGCGCAUUCACCAAUAAACUACAAGAACAAAUCUUCAAUUCAAUAACAGGGUUCUCAAAUGAACUGAUAAGGAAAAUGGCUAUCAUCAACAAGGAGCUGAACAAAAAAAUUGUAAAGGAGCUGUCGGAAAAAUAUCAAAAAAUAUUCCAAGAAUUGCAAACAAGCUUUCAAUCUGACACAGGGGAAAUGCUCAAGUUUAUGAGCGAAAUUAAAGAAAUGAUGAAUUUACCCGAAGAGGAAUUGAUACAGGUGAUAAGAAAGAGAAAGUUUACAAGCACGUAG